AUGGAGUCUGUUAUAAAAGUUUCAAUGUCAGUUUGUCCAUUUGUUCAAACAACCUCAACUCAAGCAUUGCGUCAAUUGAGUAGAUCAUCAGGUGGUUUGGCUCAACGUGCUCGCCAAUGUCCUUACAUGGCCAAUGCCCUUCAAGCUCAAGAGCAACAGCAGCACCAACACCAACACCAACACCAAGCCGUGAGAUCUUACUCUUCUGCUACUCAACCAAGAAGAGCAAGCGUUAGUCGUUCAGCUACUCCCGAGGCUACUGCUUUUGCCCCACCUCCAGCCUCACCAUACCGUUUGCAAAAUGAAAGCUUGACUGAUGCCCAAGUCAAUUUCAACAGCAAUGAGCAAAAGUUUGAUUUCCAAGGGUUCUUGAAUGACGAUUUGAAUAAAAAGAGAACUGACAAGUCUUAUCGUUUCUUCAACAACAUCAAUCGUUUAGCUAACGAAUUCCCAAAAGCUCAUCGUGCUCAGGAGGAUGACAAAGUUACAGUUUGGUGUUCUAAUGAUUAUCUCGGAAUGGGUAAGAAUGAGUCCACUUUGAACGAAAUGAAGCGUGUUUUGGACAAGUAUGGGUCAGGUGCAGGUGGAACUAGAAACAUUGCUGGCCACAAUGCUCAUGCUAUCAAGUUGGAAUCGGAAUUGGCUGCGUUGCAUAAACAUGAAGCGGCCUUGGUUUUCAGCUCAUGUUUUGUUGCUAAUGAUGCAGUUUUAUCAUUAUUUGGACAAAAGAUUAAAGAUUUGGUCAUUUUUUCGGAUGCAUUGAACCAUGCGUCGAUGAUUCAAGGUAUUAGAAAUUCCCGUGCUAAAAAACACAUUUUCAAGCAUAAUGAUUUGGCUGAUUUGGAAGCUAAAUUGGCUCAGUACCCUAAAUCAGUUCCUAAAUUGAUUGCAUUUGAAUCGGUUUACUCCAUGUGUGGGUCAAUUGCCCCAAUUGAAGCUAUUUGUGACUUGGCUGAAAAAUACGGUGCAGUCACCUUUUUGGAUGAGGUUCACGCUGUGGGUAUGUAUGGUCCUCAUGGUGCUGGUGUUGCCGAGCACUUGAAUUUCGAAGCUCACUUGAAGCUGGGUAUUAACCCUGCUGAUAUUGAAACUGUCAUGAGCAGAGUUGACAUGGUCACUGGUACUCUCGGUAAAGCUUAUGGAUGUGUUGGUGGUUACGUUACUGGUAAAGCCAACAUGAUUGAUUGGUUUAGAUGUUAUGCACCAGGAUUCAUCUUCACCACCAGUUUGCCACCAGCAAUUAUGGCGGGUGCUACUGAAUCCAUUCGUUACCAAAGAGCCACUUUAAAAGAUCGUAUUGCACAACAAAAAAAUACUAGGUAUGUCAAGGACAAUAUGAAUAAGUUGGGCUUGCCAGUUAUUCCCAACCCAUCCCACAUUGUUCCUGUCUUGGUUGGUAAUGCGUAUGAUGCUAAAAGAGCUUCAGACAUGUUGUUAGAUAAACACAAGAUUUACGUUCAAGCCAUCAAUUUCCCUACUGUCCCAAUUGGUGAAGAGAGGUUGAGGAUUACUCCAACCCCAGGCCAUGGACCGGAAAUUUCCAAUCAUUUGAUUGAAGCUGUCGAUGAUGUUUUCAAUGACUUGAAUUUGAAGAGAAUCCACGACUGGACUGCGACUGGCGGCUUGUGCGGUGUUGGACAAGCUGGCCGUGCUUCAAUCCAACAUAUUUGGACUGAUGAGCAAUUGAGUUUAACUGAUGCUGAUUUAAACCCAAAUGUUGUUGAUCCAGUUGUUGCUCCAUUGGGUGUCUCAUCAGGUGUCGCUAUGUAA